UUUCGUAAGGUAAGUUUCCUGACAGAACUUUUAUUUGUGGUGUUUUAAAUCCCUCGGUGGCAGUGGGUUGCCAAAGCCCGGGUUUUCCUGCAGAAUCGCGCUACUUCAACACUGUCGUCACGGGUUGAAGCGACCCCGAAAACGUGAUAUUUUUCCCGUGGAAUGUGAAUUGUACCGAAGAACCCCGCCAGACAUUCAAAACGCGCUUGUGAUAGCUUGAGUAGAAAUUAAGGGAGGGGUUUUGUGUGAAAACCUGGCAACCCUGAAGCGGUAACGCCCGCGGGAAGAUGGCGGCGGCCGCCGGAGCGCUUCUCCCCGGUGACGGGAUCGUGAUCGCGGGAAAACUCUACUCGGGUGUCGCGCUCACGCUGGACACCUGCCUGCUGCCGCACGAGGACGCGCACCGCAGCCCCUCGCGCGCGCACGGACUGUCCGCGCGCACGGAGGAACAGCUUCGGAACCGGACGUGCGAGAUGAUCCAGAGCGCGGGAAUUCUGCUCCGCUUGCCUCAGGUUGCCAUGGCAACAGCCCAGAUCCUGUUCCAUCGGUUCUUCUACUGCAAAUCGUUCGUCAGACACUGCGCAGAGACGGUGGCCAUGGCGUGUGUCCAGCUGGCAUCUAAGAUCGAAGAGGAGCCUCGGCGCGUGAGGGACGUGAUGAACGUCUUCCAGCACCUCAGAGACGCGGCGGGAGACAGGAGCCGCGGACCCAUGCUGCUGGACGACCGCUACAUCAGCCGCAAGAGUGACGUGAUCAGAGCGGAGCGGCGCGUGCUGAAGGAGCUCGGCUUCUGUGUCCACGUCAAGCACCCGCACAAGGUGAUCGUGAUGUAUCUCCAGGUUCUGGAGUGUGAGAAGAACACCGGACUGGUUCAGAUGGCCUGGAACUACAUGAACGACAGUUUGAGGACGGAUGUGUUUUUGAGGUUCAGGGCUGAAACUAUUGCUUGUGCGUGUAUCUUUCUGUCUGCACGGGUUCUACAGAUCCCUCUGCCUGACCAGCCGCCCUGGUUCUUGUUGUUUGGGGCAUCAGAACAGGACCUGAUUGAGAUCAGUAGUUGUAUUCUGAGGCUGUACUCACUGCAGUGCGAGUCGCUGGCCGCUCUGCAGCAGCAGGUGGAGGAAAUGCGUUCAGUGUUGGACGCUCAGUAUAACGCGACCAAACCAGCGGGACUAGCGUCUACGACUGAAACCCCGACAGCUGGUUUCUCUCCUGCGUCUAAAGCUGCGUCUCCUGUAGAAAACCAGAAGAAUCACGAAUCUCCGCUGUCACGCCUCGCCCUCAAGAACAUCUGUCGAAAGAUCACAAGCAGAGACGGGAGGAAGCGUCUGAGUCGCAGCGAUGAAAGGCAGAACGCUCGCAGUGUCCCGUCGCCCCCCCGCCGCAGGCGCAGUCGCAGCGUUUCUUCUCCAUCUCCUGGAACCACAAAGUCCCACAGACACCGGCAGAGGGAACGGGAACGAGCGCGGAAAAAGCCAUAUUCUUCUCACAGGAGAUGAUGUCAUAGGGUCGGGGGAAGGGCCCAAAACUGACCAAUCAGACAGCGUCUGUAAAACUUCUGAAACUGCCUCGGAAAAAUAUCUUGUAUUGUGUAUUAGAGCCGCGCGAUUAUUUGUUAAAAGAUUGCAUUUUAAACACUCACGCAACAAACAUUUAAUGUUACAGUGUUUAGAUAAAAAAAAGGACUUUCAACGUCACGGUAUUAUUUCUAUCUUACCAUCAUUCGUACAGAAAUACUAGAAAGAAAGUUCAGAGUUCAGAUUUAAACACUGAUGUCUCUGGUAAUGAUCAAAAUCUCCUUUUAAAGGUAACUGGAGCUUCAAAUAACGUUUCGCCAGUAGGUGGAGACAAGUGACUGUUAAAAAACGUGUUUGUCAUUGAAUCAUUGAUUCAAGAGAUUUGUUUAAAAAUGCUGAAUCAUCCACUAAUAAAACAAGUGAAGCAAAA